AUGUGCCAUUACAGCAACUACUAUGGUGGCCUGGGCUAUGGCUAUGGCGGCAUGGGCUAUGGCUAUGGUGGCCUGGGCUAUGGCUAUGGCGGCCUGGGCUAUGGCUAUGGCCGUGGCUAUGGUGGGUAUGGAUGUGGCUGCUGCCGCCCAUCUUACUAUGGCAGAUAUUGGUCCUAUGGAUUCUACUGA